CUCAACGAUACUGAGGUCGACCACGACUCACGUCGCCAACUCCUCGACAGCUUGGCAAUCAACGUCGGUGAGAAAUACCUCGACGACAUUUACAGCGACGACGGAAGCACCGACAGCGACCGUGACAUCUUCAGCGGCGAGGAACCGGGUCCCGAACACCCAACGCUGACAAUCUGGCAGCACUCGAGCGCGGACAACUGGAGGCAGCGAGGGAAGGAGACGGCGUGGCUGAAGGUGCGACAGCUCCUGAUCGAGGAAGAAGCCAAGACCACAACGCACAAGAAACCAGUCUCAAACCCCGUGAACAAUCCCCCAACACGUCGAGUACGAGUCAGCGGCUACGACAACAUCCGACUGCUGGACUCCUUAGUACGAGUUGGGAGGGAGGAAGUAUCAAUGCCCGACGUGAAGUAUCCAUCGCGAGCAUUCGUCACUGGAGUGGGGAGCAAUAAUGGAUCACAACUUCGACAAACCCAGUCAGCUCCGCCGUCCGGGAAUCAACUGUCACUGCUGGCUAUGCUGGGGCAGAUCACUCUAGCCUGCCAACGCACUGAUCUCUCUGAGCUGUGCGUUGCGCGGCUUAGGUCGCACUUGGUCUCGAUCCUUGAGAUCAUGCGGGAGGACACGGGCACUGAUACCCUCCAGAUCAAAGGGCGGUCUCGUCGGCUAUCGAGUACGCAGGGCACCAGUGAAGCGAGCGACUACGACUUCCAUUGUCGAGACAGAUUGGACGCAUCCGGGGGCAAUCGAGUCAACGCCCCCAUGUUCUCAUACCCUCGAGCAAAUGUGUCUUCCACAGUACGCAGCACUUUCAAGGCUUUCGUCUCAGCAACAGAUUUAGGCGACACGUUGGCAGCUUUCAAGGAUUUGUUGAGAGACUGCAGGCUUGAUGGGGUGAAGCUGGAGGAGCCGUGGCACCUCUACUUUCGUAUCAAGGCAGCCGUGUACAGCAAGUUGGGCUUCCGCAAGAAGCAUCUCUUCAAGUUGUUGGACGCGCGCUUUAACGUGGACGUCUACAAGCAGAAACCCGCUGCCACGAAGCGCGUUUGCAUCGUAGGAGCGGGUCCCGUGGGUUUGCGCGCAGCCGUGGAGUUGGCUUUGCUUGGUAGUCGCGUGACGGUGCUGGAGAAGCGAACCAGGUUCAGUCGGGAAAAUAUGCUCCACUUGUGGCCGUGGGUUGUUCAGGAUAUGGCGGCACUGGGGGCAAAGGUGUUGUUCCCGAAAUUCUGCAAGUCGAGGACGUACUUCCACGUGAGUACACGGCAACUGCAGCUUGUCCUGCUCAAAGUGGCGCUGCUCGUGGGGGUGGAGGUGCAUACAGCGACGGACUUUGAGGCCAUCGUCCCCCCUCAGUUGACUCCACACAACGGGUUAUCCCCCUACUCCAUUAAAACGGAGCCACACAUCGAAGAAACGGAAUUUACAGCAGUUCUGGGGGCGUCAGGGGUCAACAAUGCGCUGGCUGAGCCUGCAGGGAUUGAGCGGUUUGUCUUCUGCCAAAAGGAGUCGCUGGGGAUCGUCUGCUACUUCCCCAACCUGGAGACGCUAGAGGAGACCAAAGUCAAGGAGUUUUCGUGGACGACCGAGCUCAAGCACAAGAUGCUCAACAAGAUGCGCGAAGUGGGGAUCGAUCUGGAGAACAUCGUGUAUUUCCGCGGGGAGAUGCACUAUCUCGUGAUGACACCAAAGCGCCAUAACCUCGUGGUGCGCAGAGUCGUGAAGAAGAAUCAUCCGAACUCGAAGGACCUGGUGCGAGCGGACAACAUCAACCAGGACGCCUUUCACUUGUUCGUUAACGAUAUCGUCAACUUUGUGGGGAUUCCGAGGAAGGCCGACUUCGCGCGCGUCAGCAUCUUCGACUUCAGCUCGCUCACCCGUGCCGACAAGGCCGCAAGUAUUCUCACGUCACAUGGGAAGAAACUGUACGUCGGGUUAAUUGGCGAUUCGUUGCUCGAGCCCGUGUGGCACGAAGGAGUGGGCACCUGUCGAGGCUUCCUCGGCGCAUUGGACGCCGUGUGGAUGGUGGCGCAAAUAGGCAAAAUGCCCGAUACCCAGCUUCUAGCCGAUCGCGAAUUCACCUACCGGAUCAUGCAGCGCCUCUCAGGCCACCACCGCGACGAGAUGCAGAAGAACGUGCGCAAGUACACCGUCGACCCGAAAUCCCGCUACACGAUCGAUUUC